GUGGCUGUCUGUGUCGCACGUAAACAGGCUCACCGAGAAACCGCUCUGUACCUGCCACUUGGUUCCGGGGAACGAACAUGGCGUCCGCCGUGCUGAAGGUUGCAGCGGCGGGUGUUUCCAGAUGCUCUCGGGUCGCGCUCUGGAGGGCACAUUCAACAACGGUGCCCCUCCAUCAGGGUGUUCCCGCGUCUCUGUGGAAGCUGGGCAGGCUUAACCACAUCGCCAUCGCUGUCCCCGACAUGGAGAAGGCCACGGAGCUGUAUCGGGACGUGCUGGGGGCCACGGUAAGUGAGAAGGUGCCCCUGCCCGAUCAUGGUGUCUACACUGUGUUCGUGGAGCUCGGCAACACCAAGCUGGAGCUGCUCCAUCCUCUCGGAGAGAAGAGCCCCAUCUCGGGCUUCUUGCAGAAAAACAAGUCAGGAGGAAUGCAUCACAUUUGUAUCGAGGUAGACGACAUUAGCGCUGCGAUAGCCGACCUAAAAACCAAGAACAUCAGAAUGCUUUCGGCGGAGCCGCGGAUAGGUGCUCACGGCAAACCGGUCAUGUUUCUCCAUCCUAAAGACUGUGACGGUGUGCUGGUGGAGCUUGAAGAAGCGUGAAACAUCACAUCCUGCUGUUGACUGAGAGUUUUCCAGGCAGUUUGAUGAUCAGAGUGAUAGCGGGGAUUGUUCCUUAUAGCACUUCUGCUUUUGGAAAAACAGUUCUUCUUUGUAUGGAAUAAAGUUUUAUGUGGUACAUUAACAUGUGAUGUAUUAGUAUGCGGUGUGUUGUUCUAACAGCUUCCCCUAAAGUGUUUGUGAUAGAAAUUUGAUAUUUCCCAUAUCUGCUAAUUUGUGACAGUAAAUGGUGGCUUUCUUAGAUACAGCACUGGGUUGGACUUCCUCUUGGGUUCAGAGCAUGAAUUCAACAAGGUGCUGGAAUCAUUCGUCACAGAUUUUGGUCCAUAUUGACAUGAUAGCAUUUUUUGUCAGCUCAUCCACAACGUCAAUCUCUCAUUCCACCACAUCCAAAAGGUGCUCUGUUGGACUGAGAUCUGGAUGGUGACUCUGGAGGCCAUUUGAGUACAGUCAGCUCACUGUCAUGUUCAAGAAAACAAUUUGCGAUAAUUUGAGCUUCGCGACAUGUAAGAUAUCCUGCUGCAAGCAGCCAUCAGACGAUGGCACAAAAGAUGCUCAAUUGGUAAAAAGAGUCCCAAUAAAAUCUCUCCAUCACUGUUACAAAACCAGCAGUCUGAACAACUAAUACUGACCCUACCAUCUAAAUACUGAAGCAGAAAUUGAAAGGCAAUGUUUUUCCAGUUUUGGUGAGCCUGUGAAUUGCAGCCUUAGCACUCUGGUCAUUCUUCUUUGAACUCUUGCAUUAAGACUUUUUUCACCCACAGAAAAUUCCUAAAGCAUUCAUAGUUAAAGGAUUUGUUGUAAUGUAAAUAUCCAGACUUUACUUAACUUCACUAGUAGACAGAAGUGCAUUUACAAAGUAUGUAAGAGGAAAACGCUAAGAUAAAAUUAGCACCUAAAUAAAUAGAGAACACAGACUAUCAAUAUCAACGUCUAUGAAGACAAUUAUGCUUUUAAAGAAAAGAGAGCUUGAGAGAAAAUUGAGUAGAUCAACUCCUGAAAAUCUCAGACCACCACAUCUAACACCAACAACCAUAUUAUGUUUAAAGUCACUGACGCUCAGUUUGAACCUCAGGUCAUCUUGACGAUGUCUACAUUAGUUGCUGCCACGUGAUUGGCUGGUAAGAUUUACAGUAGGAAGCAGCUGAACAGGUUUUCCUGAUAAAUUGCACAAUGGGUGCAUAUAAAGUAGGAUAGCUUCAGGUGGGAGUAAGUUUGAUUUUCUCACUAACAUGAAUUCACUUUUGCAUUUUGACUGACAUGGUUCAAAUUGUACUAUACUGAUGCAUUGAUUACUGUUUAAUCCCUUUAACUUUUGAACAAGUUCUGAAUAAAAUAUGUUGAUAAUUUAAAUGUUGAUAAUAUAUUUUUAAAUGAAAAUCAAGCCAUAAAAAAAUAAAUCUUAAGUCUUAGGUGAAGCCCAAAUACUUUCAUUUCAUUUAGGCUAAUUAACACAUUUCCCUGGCAUACAUUAUCCUGCAUUUAGUAACUUGCAGUUUUUUUCCAUUAUGGCAGCUUGUAAGGCAUUCUUCCGCCUUGCUGACACCUUUACUCUUGCCAUCAACGCUGUUGUUAGUCUUGCUGGCUGUAACUCACCACUGGAGGGAGUCACAAUUAAUACCAGAGCGCACAGUCUGUAUCCUUGGAAGAAAACAUGUAUGCGACUGCAAAACAGAGGGAACUGCUGAUGACGCAGAUAGACUCUCGGACAUUUCAUCUUGAUUUCCUGUACAAGCUUUGCUCAAGCUGGAAAUCCCCAGAUUAGUUUUGUAAACUUUGAGGG